AUGGGUAGUUCAAUUUCGAAAAUUAUGGGAAAACUAUUCGGUUCAAAAGAAAUGAAAAUUUUGAUGCUGGGCCUGGAUAAGGCCGGUAAGACGACUAUUUUAUACAAACUAAAAUUAAACAAGAUAAAGACGUCAACCCCCACCGUAGGAUUUAACGUCGAAACGGUUACUUAUAAGAAUGUAAAAUUCAAUAUGUGGGAUGUAGGCGGGCAACAGCGAUUAAGGCCUCUCUGGAGGCAUUAUUUCCCAGCCACUACUGCACUCAUAUUUGUGAUAGAUUCCAGCGCUAGAAACCGCUUAGAAGAGGCCAAGGAAGAGCUAUAUAGUAUUAUAGGGGAGAAAGAAAUGGAGAAUGUAGUAUUGUUGGUCUGGGCAAACAAACAAGAUUUGAAAGAUGCGAUGAAGCCUCAAGAGGUUUCUGAUUUUUUGGAAUUGGAAAAAAAUCUAAACAACCAACCAUGGUGUGUGAUUGGUAGCAACGCUUUGUCUGGACAGGGUCUUGUCGAAGGGUUAUCUUGGAUUUCCAAUAAUACAGACGUUCCAAAAAAAUAA